AUGCCACAAGGCGUGCUUUUCACGCUUGAGGAGCAAGGAUCAAUCCUGGCCUUUCACAAGGCUGGUUGGUCGAUCCGACGCAUUUCAAAGGAAGUGUUUGCGUCCAAGGGCGCUAUCUGGAGACAUGCAAGUAUCCAUCCGAGCGCGGAGACCAAGGCGUUUUUGGCCGAGCAAAAUGUCCCCCUGCUGAGCUGGCCCUCGCUCUCCCCCGAUCUAAAUCCAAUCGAAAACGUUUGGGGAUACCUUGUGCGAAAGGUCUACGCGAAUGGACGCCAGUUUUCGACGGUUACUGAGCUCAAGAGCGAAAUUUUGCGCCCGUGGGACGCCAUUGACCAAGGCUUUGAUUGCGUCAAGCUCCCGAUGCUGUUCAUCAUCAAAGGACAGUCAGGUGAACCAUUGAAGAAGAAGGAGCUGCUGACUUUCGACCCCGCCUCUCAAGUCAAAUAA